CUUCUAACUCUCGACGACGAGAAAAAAUAAUCGAUGGGAAACCUUCUUAACACAGCGUCAAUAUCCCUUUCUUCAUUGGUGGCGGGCGAGCCCGAAGCUUCUCAAAAUCCAAGCACUAGCUAGGGUUUCUUCAUCUGAUUCAUUCUCGUUUAUCAAUUACUACACAAGCAGGAAUUAGUAAUCCAUUCCAUUUCCAAAGUUUGUUAAUCCUAAUACUGAAGCCAUGUGAUAGGAAUGGAAAAAUAGCAUCAGUGUUCAUUGGAAGAUGGGAAUCUGGGUUAUAGCUGUUUGGUUCUUGGAUGCAUGCAUGUUUGGACAUGGUUACCAUGGUUGUGUCAUGAUUAUUGGCCAGUGUUGGAAGUGUAGGUCGUGGAACAGUAAAAUUUUAACUCUCAGCACAAUUAGUAUUUAGAAGUUCGCAGCAGCAAUAUGCAUGUACAGGCCCAUAUGUCGGGACAGAUUUCAGGGCAGCUUCCUAAUCAAGCUGGUACUCAGUUACCAGGGUUACCACAGCAGAAUGGUGGCACCCUGCCUUCCCAGGUCCAAACCUUAGGAGGUUUUCAAGGAUCAUGGCAUGCAGACCCUGAUGUCAUUGCAGUGCGCAACUGUAUGCAAGAGAGGAUCUUGCACUUUCUGCAACGGCAGCAAAAAGCUCCCAACUGGCAGCCAAAGCUACCCGAUCUUGUAAAACGCUUGGAGUCCGGCCUGUUUAAGGAUGCUCCAUCUAAGGACGAGUACGUGGAUUUAGAUACACUGGAGCGCAGGAUACAAGUGAUUUUGGAAAAACAUUCAAAUCGCAAUCAACAAUUAGUUCAUCCAGUUACUUCUUCAUCAUCCUUUGGUACAAUGAUACCAACUCCAGGUCUAUCACAAAAUAGCAACACGAGCCCUGCACUCCCUUCUUCUAUGGAUAACCAAGGGAUGGCAAACAUGGGUAGUAACAGCAUGGUACCAAACACUGUUGGCAUGGGAAACAUGUUACCAAUGACAAAUGGACCUGUUGGCAUAGGACAUGGCACUUCCUUUAAUGUGUCUGAUGGACCUGUACAUAAUGGGUAUCAACAAACACUUGGCAAUAUUGGUUCUGGAAACAAUUUGGUUUCGUCAAUGGGCAUUCAGAGACUUGGAAGUCAGAUGAUCCCUACUCCUGGACUGAACAAUCAACAAUCCAUAUCGGUGAACCCUGCAGGCUCUAGUGGAGGAGGUUUUUCUUCUAUGGAACCUAUUAUGAUGCCACAUCAACAGCCUCCGAAGCCGUAUAUUGGAAGUCAAACUAAUCGAAUGCAUAAUCUUAGUGGCCAAAUUGGAAUUGGCUUGAGAUCUGGCAUGCAGCAAAAACCUUCUUAUGGGUUUCCGAAUGGAGCCUUGAAUGGUGGAUUGCCCCUGGUUGGGAACAAUAUGCAUCUAAUGAAUGGGACUGGGCCAUCUGAUGAUUAUUUGAGUUCUUCUAUUUUUGGAAAUUCUCAAAAACCCCCUCAGCAGCAAUUCGAACGGCAACGCCAGCAACAACUAAUGCAGAGUGAAAGUUUUGCAAUGAAUGCUGCUGAUCUUUCUGCUACUGGUAAUUUAUAUGGUCCUACCACGUCUAUGGGACCUGCUGCAACUAACCAGAAUAUGAAUUCGCUCGGGUUGCAGUCUAAGUUGAAGACCCACUCUGCCUUGCAAUCCCAUCAAACCAAUUUGCAGACACUCCAACAGGCUUCACACACCAAGUCUCAACAGUUCGAUCACAUGGCAAAGAUGAAUUUCCAGCCACCUCAGAUGACAAGAGACCAUGUACUCCAAUCUCAGCAACCACUUCAAAAGUACCAACAACCUCAGUUUCAGCAGCUGUCUCAUCAGGCAUAUCAACAGUUUUCCCAGCAUCAACACGAACAGAAGCAACAGAAUCAGCAUCACCAACAAGUAUUGAUAAAGAAUGAAGCAAUGAGGCAAACUCCGCCUCAAUCAAACCUGGGUGGACAGAUGAUGGGAGAGCAGGGAAUGGAGCCCCAUGAUGAUGGUAUCCUUCAGCAAAUAUCAGAUCAGUAUCAGCUCACUGAAACACAAAACCAGUAUCAGCAGGUUUCAGCUGCUGAAGAUCAUUCCAAAGGAUCUCAGAUUCUUUCACACAAUUCAAGCCCCCAGGAGUUGCGCUCCCAACUCUCUCAGCCAUCGCAUCAAAUGCAACAGACUUUGCAUCCACACCAACAAAUAAACCAACAACAAAAUGAAUUUAGCAGUGUCGCUAUUGGAUCACAGGCCGAAUCUCUCUUGCAUGGACAGUGGCAUGUUCCAACUGCUGAUAACUCGCAGGCUACCGACCAGUCAUCGCUUGAGAAGCAUGUCCAAGAAGAUUUCAGGCAGCGACUGAUGGUACUAGAUGAAGCUCAAAGGCCUCAUCUCCUGCAAGAGGGAUCUAUGGGUGCAAGGGUUAAUUCUUCAAAAGGGGCGCCAAUGCUGGAAGCACCUAUUGGUGCUAGCCGUGGAUCUGGGAAUAGAAACAGUGAGUUGCGUGGACAGCAAUUUCAUAAGCAAACAAAGUGGCUUCUAUUUUUGUUCCAUGCGAGUAAAUGUAAAGCUCCACAUGGAACUUGCCUAUCUCGCGAAUGUGUAAUUGGUCAACAGUUGUUGGUUCACAUUGCAAAGUGUCAUGAAGCUCAAUGCGGAUAUCCUCGCUGCCGUGAGUCUAAGGGUCUAUUAUGGCAUAAACGUAAUUGUCGUGAUGCAGAUUGCCCUGUUUGUAUUCCUUUCCGCCAAAUGAUAUUACGACAUAAGGCUUUGAAUCGUGCCCCGUCUGAAUCUGGACCAUCAAAUGCGAAGAAUGGUACUUGGAAGACUGUGAAUGCUGCAGAUGCUACUAGAACAACGACGAAAUCUAUCAGUUCUACUUUUGAAGCUUCGGAAGAAUUGCAAUCUUCACUGAAAAGAGUGAAAAUGGAGCACUUGUCACCAUCUGCUCCCUUGAUCAAGAGUGAGCCUCAGGUGUUUGUUCCUCCUAUAAGCCAAACACCAGUACAGUUUGAUGAAACACCACAAGUAUGCCAUGUUGCUGAAGAUUCUAGAAAUGUUAAAGUUGAGGGUGUGGUAAUGAAGAUGGAAUCAUCUGUAGUUGCAGCUAGAGUAGGUCUUGAAAGAUGUGUCGAGGAUAAAAAAGCUGAACUAGGGCAACCAGCUGCAGCAAUGGCUGAGGUUGUGUGUUCUACUACCAGUGAAGUUGUCAUUCAAACUAAGCAAGAACACCAGCCGGAUCAGAUGGAGACUGAGCCAAUUAAGAGUGACGUUAAGCCUGAAACUGCUGUAGCACCCAUUGAUAAUGCAGCAGCUGGUAAAAUGGGAAAGCCAAAGAUUAAGGGUGUGUCGUUAACUGAAUUGUUUACUCCAGAGCAAGUUAGAGAGCACAUCAUUGGUCUUAGGCAAUGGGUUGGUCAGAGUAAAGCAAAAGCUGAAAAGAAUCAAGCAAUGGAAAAUUCAAUGAGUGAGAAUUCUUGUCAGUUGUGUGCUGUUGAGAAACUCACUUUUGAACCACCUCCUAUAUAUUGCACACCAUGUGGUGCUCGUAUUAGGAGAAAUGCUUUGUAUUAUACCUUUGGCACUGGUGAUACUCGGCACUAUUUCUGUAUUCCAUGUUAUAAUGAGGUAAGAGGAGAGUAUAUUGAGGUUGAUUGCACUAAUAUUCCGAAGGCAAAGUUGGAAAAGAAGCGGAAUGAUGAAGAAACUGAAGAAGCGUGGGUUCAAUGUGAUAAAUGUGAAGCUUGGCAGCAUCAAAUAUGUGCCCUUUUCAAUGGCAGAAGGAAUGAUGGUGGGCAAGCUGAAUACACCUGUCCUAACUGCUAUAUAUCAGAGAUAGAAAGGGGAGAAAGGAAGCCUUUGCCUCAAAGUGCUGUUCUUGGUGCAAAAGAUUUGCCAAGAACUAUCCUUAGUGACCAUAUGGAACAACGACUUUUUAGGAGGCUGAAGCAAGAGAGACAAGAAAGGGCAAAACAUCUGGGGAAGAGUUACGAUGAGGUUCCGGGAGCAGAAGCACUUGUCAUACGUGUUGUGUCAUCUGUUGACAAGAAAUUGGAAGUGAAACAGAGGUUUCUAGAGAUUUUCCAAGAACAAAACUACCCAUCGGAAUUCCCGUACAAAUCCAAGGUCAUUUUGUUGUUCCAGAGGAUUGAAGGUGUCGAGGUCUGCCUUUUUGGCAUGUAUGUUCAGGAAUUUGGUUCUGAAUGUCAGUUACCAAAUCAAAGGCGUGUAUAUCUUUCGUAUCUUGACUCAGUAAAAUACUUUAGGCCUGAGACAAGGACUGUGACAGGAGAAGCUCUCCGUACCUUUGUUUAUCACGAAAUACUGAUUGGAUACCUUGAGUAUUGCAAGAAACGGGGUUUCACUAGUUGCUAUAUAUGGGCCUGCCCCCCUCUGAAGGGUGAGGAUUAUAUUCUAUAUUGCCAUCCUGAGAUACAGAAGACACCGAAGUCCGAUAAGCUACGGGAAUGGUACUUGUCAAUGUUACGGAAAGCUGCAAAGGAAGAUAUUGUGGUGGAUCUGACUAAUUUACAUGACCAUUUCUUUGUGGCCCUUAAUGAAUCUAAGGCGAAGGUAACUGCAGCUCGUUUGCCAUAUUUUGAUGGUGACUACUGGCCAGGUGCUGCAGAGGAUAUGAUAAAUCAACUUAGACAAGAAGAAGAUGGGAGGAAACAACAAAAGAAAGGAAAAACGAAAAAGACUAUUACAAAAAGGGCAUUAAAAGCUGCUGCUCAAGCUGAUCUUUCAAGCAAUGCCUCAAAGGAUGCAGUAUUAAUGGAAAAACUUGGAGAUACCAUUCAACCAAUGAAGGAAGAUUUCAUCAUGGUGCACUUGCAGCAUGCAUGCACCCAUUGUUGCCAUCUUAUGGUGUCUGGAAAACGUUGGGUGUGCAAUCAGUGCAGAAACUUUCAGCUCUGUGACAGGUGUUAUGAUGCUGAGCAAAAACUCGAAGAGAAGGAUCGACACCCCAUCAAUAAUAGUAGGGAAAAACAUGUCCUUUCUCCUGUUGAGAUAAAUGAUGUACCUGCAGACACUAAGGAUAAAGAUGAGAUUCUAGAAAGUGAGUUCUUUGACACCAGGCAAGCAUUUUUGAGCCUUUGUCAAGGAAACCAUUAUCAAUAUGAUACUUUGCGGCGAGCCAAACAUUCCUCAAUGAUGAUACUUUAUCAUCUCCACAAUCCCACGGAGCCUGCUUUUGUGACUACGUGCAAUAUCUGCCAGCAUGAUAUUGAAGCCGGCCAAGGAUGGCGUUGUGAGGUCUGUCCUGAUUAUGAUGUUUGCAAUGCUUGUUAUCAAAAGCAGGGGGCUGUGGAUCAUCCUCAUAAGUUGACAACUCACCCAUCCCUGGCUGAUCGUGAUGCACAAAAUAAAGAGGCUCGGCAGAAACGGGUUUUACAGCUUCGAAGGAUGCUCGACCUUCUUGUUCAUGCUUCUCAGUGUCGCUCUCCCCAUUGUCAAUAUCCACAUUGUCGCAAAGUCAAAGGCCUCUUCCGCCAUGGGAUACAGUGCAAGGUCCGGGCCUCUGGUGGCUGUGUCCUUUGUAAGAAAAUGUGGUAUCUCCUGCAACUUCAUGCUCGAGCUUGUAAAGAAUCAGAGUGCCAUGUUCCUCGUUGCAGGGAUUUGAAGGAGCACCUUAGAAGGUUGCAGCAGCAAUCUGAUUCUCGACGAAGAGCUGCAGUAAUGGAAAUGAUGAGACAGAGAGCUGCAGAGGUUGCAGGGGGCGCAGGCUAAUUUAUUGUGUACAGAGUCAAAAGGAGAGAUGCAUGGUGAAGCAGCUGCUCUCCUGUUAUUUAUUGGAAAAGUAUGGGAAAGCAGCAGCCGGCUCGUUGGGUCUCUAGUUUCUAGGAGAAUGCUGGGGAAUUGGAAUUUUGCAGGCAAGAUAAUGAGAGAGAGAGAGAGAGAGAGAGAGAGAGAUGCACCUUUUGUGCCUGCCAGUCCCUGGCCCCCUCUAGUGAUUAACGGAGGUUCCAGCCAAAGGUAUCAUCGUGCUCGACACUAACUGUAUCCUUUCUAAACUUAGGAGUAUCAAUCAGUCUCAGCCCCAAGUAUCAAUGAGUGAUUCUUUGAUUUUAGUCCUGUAACUCAUGCUCGUUUCCAUCCCUGGUGUCGAAUGUACUAUAUGUCCUUAAUUUGUUAUUAAGUCUUCUCAGAAAUUCAGAUCCAAGUUUUUUUGGCGCCUUAGGCCCUUAAUUUGUGCUGUCCUUAUACUAUAAAUUUAUCUCUAUGAUAGCAAUAGGAUGGCUAUAAUGUUAUGUGACCAAGGGAAUGGGGAGAGCAUUUUGACCAGAAGCCAAAGACAUAAAACUGCAUUUUCAGCUGCAAGGUUUAAGGUCCAUGGUACCUGACUGGAGAUUGAGAGGUUUGUACAGAUUCAAUUGUGUUGGCCGGAUUAAUUGUAAUGUUUCAAAGGUUUUCUUUGUGAAAUGCAAUAUUCCUGUUUUAUC